UCAGAGAGAGCUGCGCCGGAUCUGAGCAGUUUGGCAGCUGAAGCCGUACGCGCACGUAAGCCGAUUUGAUACGCGAUAGCAAAUUCAGAGCUUCCUUAUAUAAGAGCAACGCCAUCGGCGCCGAAACAACAGAUCACAGCGAAGCAAACGCAGCACACACAUACAUGGCUGCCACCAUGAAGCUGUCACUCACCUUCGUCCUCCUCCUCUCCUCCGGGCUCGCCGUGGUGUUUGGGGAUGCGGGAGACUCCGGGGCGACCUGCGAGACCAUUCGGUGCAUCCAGGGAGGGAACAUCACCUGCGCCAACCGUCCCGGCGAGGUGAUCCAAGCGUGCCACUGCCUGUGCGCCCCCAAGUACGGCAAGGGCUGCGUGCUCCACCUCCAGAGCGGCUCCCAGGAGAACUGCACCACCAAGAACUGCUGAAUCACAUUCCUCUUGGGGUACUCUCUUUGAGUUUGGGACUUUGGGUUGAAUAAAGCUGCAGUGUGCGACUUCAAAUAAGUAACAAAUCGGCUGCAAAGUAGUGCAGCAUUUC